AUGUUGGGCUGUUCUGAACCGGCCGCUCGCCCUGUCCGGAGAACCGCCUGGCUGGUCAGCGCCCUGUCCCACCACUUGGGUCCGGAGGGCGAGGGCGAGGGCGGGCAGGUGGACAACGAGGUGGUGGUCCUGGCCACGGGGGUGGACCAGUACCUACAGGAGACCUUCCACCACCUGGACGGCGAAGGGGACGGGCUGAUCUCGGGGGAGGACUUCCGCCGGCUCUGCUCGGUGCUGGGGCUGCCGGAGAACGGGGCGCCCGCCGGCUUGCUGGCCGGACUGCCGGCCGAGCUGACCUUCCGCCAGUUCCACGCCCGGCUGUGCGAGCAUUUCCAGCAGCGGGGCGAGGAGGGGCCGGGCCGGCUGCCGGUGGGGGAGGAGACCGAGCACAUCGAGAGGCAGAUCCGCCUCCGGUGCCCCCGCCGCCGCCGGAGGAGGAGGAAGCAGCAGCAGCAGCAGCAAUGCGUCUCCUUCGACCUCUCCGCCCAGGGCUGGCGGCCGCGACCCACCGCCGGCGCGCCGCAGGGUCGCGGCGCCCCCGCCGCUGCUGCUGCCGCCGCCGCCGCCGCCCCCCCGCUGGAGCUGGAGCUGGAGAACGCCAGCCUGCGGGAGCUGGUGGAGGAUCUCCGCGGUGCCCUCCAGAGCAGCGACGCCCGCUGCCUGGCGCUGCAGGUGGGGCUGCAGAAGGUCGGCGGCCCGAGUGGCCGGAGCAGCUGGCCGAGGGAGAGGAGAGCCAGGUCCGGGGAGGGCCGCUGCUCAGCCAGGCAGAGCUGCCGGGGGUUCCAGAGCUUGGUCCGGGAGCUGGAGUUGAUCAGGUCCUCCAGGGAUGGGCAGAUCGACGAGGCGAUGCGCUUUAACCAGGAGCUGGAGGAGGAACUGCGAGCCGCUCACGGUUUGUUGGUGCAGUGGGAGCACUCCGCCUCGGCACUCAAAGCUGGCAAUGCCCUGGUCAGAAAGAAGGCAGAGCGAGCGAGGGCAGCUAUCCUGGAGGGCAUGGAGAAGGUGAAGGAGCUGGAAAGCAGAGCUAAGCAGAUCCCAGAACUGCAAAGCAGAAUCCAGGAGCUGGAACAAGAGCUGGAGCGAUGCAGAUCACAAGAAGGUCAAGGCAAGAAGGCCCCAGCUUUACUGAACAGCUCUCAGCCCUUCCAGAAAUAUUGCCGCUCUAGUCAGAGUGACUGGAAUCCCUCCUGCCAACAAACACGGAGCCCACCAACCGGCAAAGCUGAUUCUGUCUCUGAAAGCAGGGAAUGCAGCUGGCACAAUGGAAACCCUUCCUGUAAUGAAGAUGAGGGGCGUUUACUCAGAGCAGUCGAGGGGCGAGCUGCUUCUGAUGAGGAGGAAGAGAGAUGUACGCAGGACCGACCAUGUCAGAUGAUGGAACUGAACAAGGAUAGCGGCAGUGGGGAAGGGUGCCGUAGUAGUACAUUACAACCACUACUGUCUCACAACUGCAGCUGUGCUAACAAGGAGAGUGGUUCCAUCGUCCCCCCAAUAUGGAUGGAAAGAGAACAGGAACUCUCAGUACAGCUGAAGAACAAGGAGAAACAAGUGACAGAGCUCCAGACUGAGACAGAGAAGUGGACAUGUUCAAUGACAAAGGAGCUUCAGCUGAAAGGGGAAGAGGUGGAAAUGUUGAGGAUGGAGCUGCAGAUGGUUGAAACAGAUCGUGUGCGACUUUCGCUGAUUGAGGAGAAGCUGACCGAUGUACUACAGCUUCUACAGCAGCUGCGAGUGCUGAACAUUCCCAGACGCUUGUUGGGGAAAAUCUUAAUGAACACUCUGGACUCCUGUUACAGUGCUGGACAUGGAACAAUGGGCUCCUUGGACAUGUUGAGUGUUCUCCAUAAAGAGCUGCUGUCUUGUGAGUUACUCACCAAAGGUUCAUCGCAAACAGAGAAUCAACAGGGCAUGAAAAACUCCCUUGUGAUAUCAUGUUAAUGUACGGAAGUGGACAGAUGCCAUUGAAUGGAAUAAAUGACCUGAAGCAGCGAUCUUCAACCUUCCGUCUUAAGUGAUUGGUUGGGAUAUGGCCAACAUUAAUAGACAGAAACCAUUGAAAAUUCAUCACUCAAAAAUGCUUUGUUCUUUCGUGCUUGUACAUCAAAGGCUGUUCGAUCACAGGACACCGUGUACACAGGAUGCCUGAAACUAGAAGUUAUGUGUUACCAUGGCCUCUGACCAACACAUUUUACCUCCUGGGCAAAGAUUCUGUAAAUUUGCUCGCAGUCCCAAAAAAGCAAAUUAAGAAUGGCAAUCUAAUUCAGAAAGGUCUUAGGGGUUCUUGGGACAUUCUACAGCAAUCCACAGCUAAUGAAACCUGUUGCUUAAAAUGGACAAAUAUGGUAACCAG